CGCAGUGCAGGUAUCCACCAGUGCCGCGGAGCGGCUGGUUUUCACGGUGGACACGAUCGAGACGCUGACGAAGAUCAACCUCGGAAAGGGGAUCCGCGACUGCCACCGCUGCCGAGAGGACUACCCGACGUGCGGCGCGUACAGCGAUUUGGUGACUCCGAGGACCUUGGAGCAAGAGCGGCUCUACGUGUUGGCGAAGGAGCGGGGCAUCGCGACGGCGCUCGGGCUGGGGGACGGACAGUCCAAGGGGCUUUCCCUGCAGCUCACACUGGG